ACGUAUUCGAAAUGGCGUAAUGUCAAACUCGCAGCUGAUCUUAAAAUAAAUGUCAAGUUUGCAGCGAGUACCGAAAAAACACGUCAGUAUUUCGAAUAUUUAUAAAACGCCGACGAUGGAAAAUAUCAUUGAUAUUUAAUAAAAGUGACUGUGAUUCGCGAGGUUAUUGAGCGUUCUUUUUGAAUAUUUAAAUAAUCAAUACCGAUCGGAAUUCCGCGUUUAUCUCCAGCAUGGGAUUCGGCAAUAUAUUUGGAUACUUCUUUCUGUUAUCAUUUGUUAAUUUGGGUUUCGGUAAUUUACAUGCACCCAUUAUAAACCCGGGCAUACUUACUCAGUCAAAAAACCUCGGCGAUUGUCAAGCGUGUAAAUUAUUCGUAGAAUCGUUUAAGAAAGGCCUAGAACGUACGUCUAGGGGGAAAUAUGAAGGUGGUGAUGCAGCAUGGGAGGAGGAAAAGUUAAAAAAAUCGUACAAGCGCAGUGAAAUGCGUCUAAUAGAUAUACAAGAUGGAGUUUGUAAGGAUGAGAAAAAACAUGCUGUGCAGUGUCAUUAUAUGGCUGAAAAAGCUGAGGAAUUUAUUGAGGAAUGGUGGGCACAAGAUCCUGAUGAGUCGGUUGACUUACUCACUUAUCUUUGUAUAGAUAAGAUAAAAGUGUGUUGUCCUGAACAUCAUUAUGGUAAGGACUGUACUCCGUGUCCCGGUGACCAUAGCAAUAUUUGCAACGGGAAUGGGAAAUGUAGAGGUGAUGGGACUAGGAAGGGAAAUGGGACCUGUUUGUGUGAUCCAGGGUAUACCGGAGAGAGCUGUGCAGUUUGUGAUACUGAUUACUAUUUGGCUUAUAAAGAUGAGAAUAAGAUGUUGUGUUCUCGGUGCCAUAUGUCCUGUUUAGGCGGCUGCAGUCAAAGCACACAGAGGGAUUGUAUGGCGUGUAGAACAGGCUACACCUUUGAUGCCGAUGAAGGCUGUUUAGAUAUCAAUGAAUGUGAGGAUAUUAAUAAAUGUAACAAGGAUCAGUUUUGUACAAAUACAAUGGGAUCUUAUUAUUGUAUGUCAUGUGACAAGUCUUGUGAUGGUUGCCAUGGUGAUGGACCUGAUCUUUGCCGGAAAUGUGCCAAACGAUACUCAAAACAUGGUGAAUUUUGUAUACAUCAAGAGGUUGAUGAGGAAUCUGAUAGUCUGACUACAGCAAGGUACAUGACAUAUGUUGGUCUGUUGGUAGCGACUGGUAUUUUGCUACCCAAAUCUAGUUCUCUCGGUGGAUUCGUAGGUUUCUUGGUAAUGUCAUAUAUAAUGGGUGCUGAAUACUAUUGUAUGAUUAAUGGGCAUUCGGGAUUAGUGAACCUAAAAGACUUUGAUUUAUCACAAUUGGUCUGGAUCUAAGAAUCUAGACAUAUGAAAAUAUCUCAAGGGAUCUAACCUAACCUUGGAGAGAUGUCUUAAGGCAUGUCGCACCAAAAUUGAAAAUUGAUAAUCCAACGGGUAAAAUAUGUGAUGGAAAUAUCAGGUUUUGUUACAUUAUCUGACAGUGAC